CUUAGGAAUUAUUUUUAUGUUUUGAUUGUGAAAAAUAUAAAAAAUACGUGUUGUAUCAUAAAUAAUAAAAAAAAUAUUAUUUUUGUGAAAAAAAAUAAAACGUUUACUGAAUACGAAAUAAGAAAGGAAAGAAAAAUGAAAAGAGGAUCUCAGCAUCAUUUUACGCACGUUUUCAUAAGGAUUACUUUACUCUUUUGUUUAUGUAUAAAUGCAUUUACCUCUGCGGAAUCUCUCACAGCGUGCGAACUCGAACAAGUUUUAUCAGAAAUCGUGAAUCCCGAUCAAGGCUAUGAGUUGCAUGCCGCCGCAUUACGUAACCAACUGAGAAAUCUGAUGGACAGAGAAUUAACGGAAGACUAUCAGAAUGUGGAUGACGAUGCGCUUUACGAGAAUUACGACAAGCGUUCCAUUGCAACUCUGGCACGUGAAGGUCAUCUCAAGGGCAGCGCUGGCAAGCGUAAUGUUGGAGCAUUAGCACGUAGCGGCAUGCUUCGUGGCUCCCAAAUUGACGCUAUCAAACGUAGUUUGGCAACUUUGGCUAAAAAUGGUCACUUGCCAUCAUCUGUUCCCAGCUCAAAAGAUCCCGAAGAAGAAACUGACGAGUCACAAUCUUCGGAAAAACGAAGUAUUUCAUCGCUGGCUCGCAACCACAACUUUAUGAUGAACGGAAAACGAAGCAUGGUGGAAAGAGUUCGGAACAGAAUUCACCCAAAUCAAGUAAAUACCAGCCCGAAACGUAAUUUGGCGGCUUUGGCACGUGGUAAUUUGCUUGUACCUACUACGGGAAAACGUAAUGUUGGUAUGUUGGCACGCGAUUGGAGUCUACCGAAUCAUCAGAAAUCGCCGACGAGCAAGAGAGACACGAGUAAAGUCGAGGCUGGUCAUGAAGAUGAAAAACGCAACGUGGGUGCUCUCAAAAACUCACCAGUCCAUGGCAACGGUGGCAACAAACAACACAAACGAGAAGUUUCUUACACAAUCAUGGACGAAAUAACGACUCCGGAAUUGAUUGAACCAAACUACCAGUCGUCUCCCUUCGAUUACGAAGAGUUGGCACAAGCGAUGGACGAAGCAUACCCAUUUGCGUACAAAAGUAACGAUGAAAAGCGAUACCUUGGCUCCUUCAUGCGUUCUGGUUAUCGGAGUGGUCUCCGUUCAUAUCGCACAUAUCCGUACAAUAAGCGUUACGUAGGUGCAUUAGCUAGACUAGGGAUGCUAAGGGGCGACAGCUCGUACAGACAACGGCCUGAAAAACGUCAUGUUGGAGCUGCUUUCAGGCCGGAUUUUACCCCCCACACGACCUACGCCGGCGGCCCAUCGUCAACGGAAUUUGUAGACGCUGUUAUACCGGCUAUGCAAACGUCAUUAGCUGGGACACCGCGGGACUAUCUGGCUCAACAACAGACUGGGGCGAGCCGCAACAACCACCACGCGUUUCCGCCCUCCACUGGAGAAAAUUUCGACCGCAAUCCUUAUUAUCAUCAUCAAUACGCAGCUCCGAGUGAUUUGCCGGAACAACAACCAGAACUAGACAAUAAUAAUGAUAAUCUUAAACAAGACAUCAUGUUCAACUUAGACGCCAUUGACACCACAGACUUGCUCGAGAAUCAGCGGCAAAUGCGUUGCUAUCAACGUCUUAAGGAAAUUUAUGUACAAAUUAUGACUGAAAAUGACAUGCCAUACAAUGACUUGACAGAAAGUGAUUUGUUUUAAAGAAAGAGUGUCUUGUUUAAUGUUUUAUCUGUUUUUUUUUCUAAAUAAAUAUAAAACUUCUACGACAUAUCCAACUAUAUGAAUUCCCACAUUUUACGUAUGAAUAGUUAGAAAAAAUAUUUGAGUCAUAUCAAAGUACAUUAAGACCUCCUUUUUAUAAAAACAUUUAUUUAUAUGACAAAAAAAGAUUCCAACUAGUUAUAAAAGUACAUUUAAACACAUUAUAUUAUUAUGAAAACAGAAAUGGAGUUGGUGAAGACAUUUUUCUCAAGUAAGUAACAUUUUUAAGAUAUUAAUUUUAUUCAUCAAACAUGUAUGUUGCUGACAACUUGUAGAGAUCUUCAUCAAUUCCAUUUCAAGUUGUCCCUUUUGAUCUCUAGUUAUAUGAAGUCCAUUAAUUAUUUACUGAUUCAUCAUUAAUUUGCCCAUAAUUGCUCUAAAAAUACUAAUUUUUAAGGCUGGAAUUAGUAUUGUUGGCAUGCAAUUUAUUUUUUUUAAUCUUUUAUUGAAAUAAAUUUAAAAUUUAAUUAACUAAAAAUAUUA